ACAGUUGAACUUCAGUUUAAAAUAUUUUUAUUUUCAACGAAAGUUGAAAUGCCUCAAAUAAAUAAUCUUUUGCUGCAUGUAAUAGCACAAGUCCAACUACGAAGAUUGUUAAUUGUAGCAUUAUUAAUUUCUAAAAAAAGAAACUAUAGGAAAAAGAGAUUUUGGACAUCACAAUUUCUUAGUCAACGGAAGACUCAUGGAGCUUAUUACACAACGAUUCCUACUCUAUUAAGAAAUGCAGAUUUAUUUUCAAAUUAUUGUAGAAUGAGCAAAACACAAUUUGAAGAUUUACUUACAUUAAUUGGAUCACAAAUCACAAAGCAGACAUUUAUUCGAGAGCCAAUAUCACCUGACCAACGUCUGUUUCUCACACUAAGGUACUUAGCAUCUGGAGAUUCAAUGAUGUCAUUAAAAUAUCAAUACUAUGUUGCUCAGUCAACAAUAACAAACAUAAUUAAAGAAACUUGUAAUGUAUUAUGGUCUAUGUUAAUGCCCAUUGUCCUGAAAGUACCUACGCAUGAUACAUGGAAACAAAUCGCAAAAAAAUUUGAAUUAAAUUGUCAUUUCCCACAUUGUAUAGGUGCUGUAGAUGGAAAACAUGUAGUUAUACAGGCACCACCAAACUCCGGUUCUACUUUCUACAAUUAUAAGAGUUCACAUAGUAUUGUGUUAAUGGCUGGUUGUGAUAGCGAUUAUAAGUUUGUACUGGUUGAUAUCGGAGCGACAGGACGCCAAAGCGAUGGAGGCAUAUGGUCAAGAUCUAUUAUGGGUCAAGCAUUUGCAGAAGAUGAAACGGACAUACCACCGCCAGAUGAAGUUAUUGAAGGAACUGUUUUGCCGUAUGUCUUAGUAGCAGAUGAAGCUUUUCAGCUAACCGAUUAUAUGAUGCGGCCAUUUCCUGGAAAAGGAGGCUUAACGAAAGAAAAAGGAGUAUUUAAUUACCGACUUAGUAGAGCACGCAAUAAGUCGGAAUGCACGUUUGGAAUUCUUACUGCGCAAUGGAGAAUAUACAAACGACCUAUUAACACAUCGAUAGAAAUAGCAGAAAGCAUAGUAAAAGCAACUAUUGUUUUACACAAUUUCCUGCGUCAAAAUGAUAACGAUGAUUUAACAGAAUUUAUUAAUGUAGUGGAUGUUCCAACAUGUUCUGAAAUAAGAACUACAGCAUUUUCAAAUAUAGGCAAUUUUGGCAGCAAUACUCAUACGCGUGAAGCAUCCCGUGUUCGAAACAUUUUUGUUAAUUACUUCAAUAAUGAAGGUGCUCUUCCAUAA